AUGUCCCUCACCGUCGUCAGGCAGGCAUCCAGCGUCGCUCGCGCGGCUUCCCGCUCCUGCGCUUUCUCCACCUCGGCCAUCGCGCGGAAAGAUCUCGUGCAGGAGCUGUAUCUGAAGGAACUUAAGGCUUACAAGCCCGCCCCUGCGGCAAAAGACGCUCACCUCGGUGCCGUGAAGGCGUACUCGCUGCCCCCCGUGCCCAAGCCGCCCACUCUUCCCGCAGACCUCGCAGCCGAGCUGUCGGCGUAUGAUGCGGUCGAGCCUGUGAGCGCUGCAGCCAAGGAUCCCGUUACAUCGACGGAGCAUGUGAGCACCGGUGCCGACACGUUCCUCGCGUUCCUCGAGGCGGAUGAGCCGCAGGAAGAAAAGCACCACUAG